AUGGAUGUAAACGCUAACAGUAAGCUUAAGCGGAAGAAGAAAACCCAUGGGUUAGUAUCGUGAGCUGUUUGUUGGUUGGUGUUUCGUGUCGGUGUGAGAAUCGUGAGGUGGAAAACGCUCGAUUGUCCGACUUGAGCCUGGACAUGGUGUGAUGUUUGUGUGGAGUAUUCUCACCUGAAGUUAGACCGUGGUUUCGUGAAAAUCGUUUUCCUUGUACAUAGAAAAGAAAGUCUUCAUCAAAUUUUAGAUAGACUUCCCUAAAUUCUGGUUUUUGAUUCGUAUUUUCAGGCCUGGUAACCCGUCGAAACGACAUAGAGAUCGACUUAACGCCGAGCUGGAUAACCUCGCGAGGUUGCUGCCGUUUCCUGAGGAAAUCGUCACGAAACUGGAUAAAAUAUCUAUUCUCAGACUUACAGUGAGCUAUUUGAGGGCGAAGAGUUUCUUUCAAGGUAGUAAAUGUUUUACGUGUAUUCUUUUCUCGAUAUGCUUGUUGGUUUUACCUGCGUAGUUAUUUUUUUCUUAAUCGCGAGACAUGGUGGUGUUAGAUGCUAACCAUAAAUUAUUUUCUUGGGUUUGUUGAUUUGAAUAUCGUAAACUGUUCAACCCGAACAGUUCUAAAUGUCCCUGCCUGUAAUGACAUUUUAAAUCAGUAAUUUACUCGUAGUCAGUAGACGUAACUUUAUACGAGGUUCGUAUACGUUUGGGGGCAUUUGAUUAACGAUGGAUAUUUUUUAAGUCGCGUUAUCCGAACUAGGACCUUGACUGUUUACCAAACGUGGGCCAUAAAUUGCGUUGCUGUAUUUAAACGUAAACAGAACUUUGACGGAAGAGGAUCUCCUUAAGCUUUUUGAUUAUUUUACAAGACUAGAGGGCAGAAAGGUCAUCCGUGAUUGCCCUAUUAUGAACCUUAUUUCUUUGGUGUAGAAUCAGUAAGUACGCACACGAGUUUCAGCGAGUACAACAACUUCAUUCGUGAGGUUGGCGAACAACUUAUUACUGCUGCUGCGUUUCCCAAAGCACACGAAUUCCAGCUGCAUCAAAUAAAGAAAGCAUUGUUUGGAUACAAGUCUGACGGAAAGUAGACUACUUACGCACUUCGAGAGGGUUUCAGGCGAGUCUGAAUAAGGCAGUGAUAACAUGUUUUCGCCAUUGAAAUUUACCACGUAAAAACUCACAAAUGUGACUUCAGUAAGGUUCGUCGUUCAAAGCGCGUAAGUGUUUGGCUUUCGCGGAAUUUAAGUCAAAACAACAUAGGCAAUGGCAUUAGGUCGCAUUGAGUGUAACCAUCGCUUGACAGUGAUGUCUGACAAACAUAAGAUCGUCGCAUUAUGGCCAUUUUCCGUUGUCUUACCCGACAGACGGUGUGAAAAUCUAUUUCUCGCGGUUCGUCGACUUUAUCUUGGUUUGAAAAUUUCAUAUUUCCUCUCAUUAAAAUUAUUUGUUUGUACAACAACUUCACAAAAGGGCAAAAAACAGAAUUGACCAAAAUCUAUUGAUAUGGUUGUUUGUUUUCAGGCGCGACGGCUUCCAAUACCCAUGUUGAAAUAAGCCGUACAGCUAGUUGUGUUCUUCUGCGAAAAUUUAAUCAACCAGAAUUUGCCAUGUUAAGCCAAAAACGAUACAUGCAUGAAGUAAAUUCGCAUGCAAAAGUCAGAUAAAACCCUUUGGGUAGGUAUCAUCUCCUGCGUGAGCACUUUAAAGCGGAGAAUGGCGUUGUUGUGUUUAUCGGGAAUUUUUUGAACGCAGGUCUGGCCGAUUCACACCUUUUACAUUAUAAAAUGCAAUAGAUGUAAACCCUCGGUCACGCAGUCUACUAAAGCGAAAUAUUUAUCAACUUGGCUCACGCAACGAAAAAUUUGCGAAGAAGGAAAAACAUAAUUACUUCAUGCGAUGCUUAGCUUCCACUUCGUUCACGGGACAGUACCUACAGGUUCUCUGAGAAAACCGGUCAGCGUUGCGUGUCCGUCGAUCAGAGGGUGAUCAUAAAUGAUAAAUGAUCCUUUUCCCUUUGGCGUUCUUGGUUUUUGUUUGAAUGGAAGAAUCGCUAUGGGAUAGCUUUCUUUGCGGAAUUCGUUACCCUUGACCUAGACAAUUCCUAUGUAGCAAAUUGUUUACUUUUUUUGGUAUUCAAAUAAUCACUACUUCUACAGUCGAGGUUAGUUUUGUGGAUUUACCCCGCGGGCGGUAUUUAGUUUUAUGCUCCUUAUUGCAAGUCGCUGGUCUCAAAUAUAGCUGAUCUUGAAAUUCCUGGAUGUUGGUGUGAUGAAGAAAAUCGUUUCGUUUAAAGCGUAUCCUUGGAUGAACGGACAUCGUUCAGUACUCACUUCUUCUGCAAACGCCCCGUGGAAAACGAAUAGCCUCGGCCUUAAUUUAUGUACGUUUGGGGUGUCCAAUAAAAGCCGUUGUUUCCCGAUGUGCGAAAUCCUUUAGACAAGCGUUUCACACGAAACCUAAAAAAUUCGUCGUGGCGCGGCGGAAAUUUUAGCUCACUCUCCUUUAUCUUUAUUGUGAUAUGGCUUGUAGGAGACAGUAUCGUUUCUCAGGGCAUAUUCACAUUUUUGCACAUAUUUUUUCCCUCGAUUCCCAGAAGCACAAUUGUUUUAAAGGCGAAUAAUAAUGAUUGCGUUUUGUCGAAGUUAUGGCUUUAUUUGUUUUGAUUUAUAACCUCUUUCUCUGCGAUCGUGAAUUUUUGGCAGAUAUCGCAAUGACCACUCUCUAUCAAAAUGUCGUGUGUUGGUAAUGCUAUUCACAGUUAGGAUUCAAAUGAAACGCUGUAACAACUCGCUGUCUGAAAUUCUAUCAGAAAAUUCUCUCAGUAGGUAACAAAAUUCCUCAAAAUUUAUGAAUUGUCUUCAAAACAUCAAGAAGCUUGUGAAAAUUUUAACUAAGGAAGGACUAUCUUUUAAAUUCCGUGUUCGGGUUUUUGCAAAGCGACCAGUAUAUUGAUUGCAUGACGUUUGAUGUACUGUACACGUAUUGAAAGAAAAUUAUCGCUUUGUUUUUAUGCGAAGCUGAAUUUUGUAAAGCGGCUGAAAUUUCAUUUUUGUGUGGUGAAAACAGUGCCAUUAGGUUUAGUUGUUUCAUGCCCCUAUAGUUAUUCCUUAAUCCAAUCGUCUCAACUGAGAUGUUUUUCAAAUUCUGCUAAAUAAUUUCCGCGGAAAAUUGCCUUAUGGUGCGAUUUUCACACAAACAAGCAUCUCAUUUACAAGUGAAAUCAUUAUCGUUUUCUUUGCUCAAAAUGUCCUUCAAAUUUGAAUAUGAACAGUAAAGCGAUUUCUUUACCUUGGCUCUUUUUAUUGGAGGGUCUUUUUUUAUAGAAGCUUUCUAGAGAUGUCUACAGAAGCGUAAUCCUUGUAACUAAAUACAUACACUCUAGAACUUCUGUCCAGAAAUGAGUGGCUGUUUACAGGCUUAAACAUUGUAAUGGAAUUAAUAAAGACCUUGCAUUUUUGUAGUUUCUAAUGGCAGACAUGGGCAAGAAGAAACUUGUGAAGAACUAGUCAGAGAGGUUGAGGGAAAUGGUGUCUUCUCCCAGCUGUCUCUAGAGGUAAGUACAAUAGCCAUGGUUUCAUACCCUCAGACAGUUGCAUUUUACCUCGUAUAUAAUUUUUAAGGCUAAAGGUCACAUAGUUUUGCAUGCUUGGCUUUACACUCUACUGAAAAAAAAAAAAUUAACAAAGAAAACAGGAAUCAUAGGUGGAAAAUGUCUGGCAAUUAAUUAAUCUUAUAACUUAAUUUCCUUUUAGGGUGAAUAUUCUUUUAUAUAUCGUCUUCAACAGUAGUUAAAAUUUUUUGCACAUCACUGAGUCCAUUUAUUUAGCAUUGUUUUGUGACUGACCCUUUGCCCUGUACAUAUCCUUUGUGAUCAACACUACUUCAUAUCAGAUCUGUGGGGAAAAUUUUAAAAUCUGUAUUCUACUAGAUUGAUAAAUAACAACAAUUUGCUAAAAUCUGGUCUGUUAUUUAUAACUCUUCUCUAGAUUGAAGGGCAAACUAGCAGCAUUAUCUAAUGUUAGAUUCAGAUCUGUGUCUUUUUUGUGGGAACUAAAAUGCUGGGGCACUGAUUUAAUUUUUGUAAUCAAGCAAUUAAUUUGGGUGAAAACCACAAGAUGAAAACAGGCUCUUUGUACAUAGGUUUCCAUUUUUUGCAGAGAAACAAUUAUUAUAAUUUGAUAGUGGGAAAUUACUGCUUUAUUCAUUUGGUGUUCAUCUAAGUAAGGUUAAAUCAUUGGCAAUUUGAUAGCAGUCAUCAUGCAGGUUAACUAUUCACAUUUGACCCUAAGACUGGAUGGCAAAGGUGUGGAAAUUUGAUGUCUACGUUUUGUUUCCUGGUGCUUCCACCCAGAUUGUUACACAUUAUAACAGAGAACAAGAUAGCAAAACAUCUAAAUAAGUUUUUCAAACUUGAAAAUGAGUAAAGAGGAUUUUUAAAUCAUGGCCACUUUAAAUCCUUUAUUUUGAAUCUGUGAUUCAGACUGGAAAUUUUUUUUUUGUGUACAUUGUCAAGCUUUCAAUGAAAUUUCUGUCUUCAAGCUAAGCUACUGUGUUUCAAGUCCAUCCUGUUUUUAGGAAAAAAACGACAGUUUCUUGCAUUUAUUUGUUUUCCAAGGUGUUAAUGGUUAUCAGCCUGUUAUGUUCAUUGAUCCAUAUCAGGUUUAAAACCAGGACUGUUCUAUUUAGAGUCAAAAGCCCUGGCCAUUUGACAAUAGAAUGUGUGCCACACCUUCUCUUAGUCAGUUUUUUGUUUGUAUGCCAAAUUCUCUGACCAAUGCAAUUCAGCUAUUGACUGCUUAUCAUGGCAAGAUGAAAAUGGAAAGCUUUAAACUUGAUGGGAGUUUUCAAUUUACUUGUAUUAGAAUUGAAUAAAUGAAAUGACAGUUUACCAGGUGGCUUUAGACCACCUUUUAUUGUGUGGAACAACAUUUCAUGGUGAUUGAAAGAUCCUUAAUUAUUUAGUACGUCUGGUUUUGGUUUUUUUUUUUUUUUUUUUUUUUUUUUUUAAGGUAGCAAAGUUGGGAGAUAAUAAGGAAAGCAUGAAAAUAAGAAUGUCUAGCUUUCUAUAUUUUUGCCUAUUAUAUAAAUGUUUUUUAUUGUGUCCAUUGUCUCAAUGUUGGUGAAAAUAUAAAUCAUAUUAAAAAUCUGGCUACUUGUCUGAUGGAAAGGGCCACCAGUGUUUCCCAUGUUUUGACUUAAGCUUUUGCAUGACUAGUCAAGGGUGUUAUGAAAAGCAUAAUAUCUUUUCUAAAUUGAAGCUGAGUGUAUUUUACCUAAGUAGCUCAUGGGAAAAAUGCAUAGCUUUUUCUAGAUGUGUUUUUUCGGGAUGUGGAUGGGGAGAUUAUGGGACCAUUUUCUGGAUAUCACCUGGUUGUGGAAUUCCUGUCUUCUUUACCCACUCUUUUGACAAUGAUUUUAUUUUUUUCCCUUCAAAUUGACUUCAACUAUCUUGAAUGGGCAGGUAGAAAAAAUUCAUUGUAUCUGUGUCUCAUUUUUUCCCCACUUCCUUUUGUAUUAAAUAACACACAUAGUGCCUUAUUUUCAAUGCUCUGACAUUUUUAUUAGACACGCAUACUCAGUCACAGUUGCAGCCACAUGACUGCCACAUGUAGCCAACUCUUGAUUUUUAAUCCUCAAGAGUUGAAGGGGAAGACUACAAGCACAUGAAAAGAAUAGGCAGAUAAAAUAUUUUGAUUUUUGAUGAAAGAACUCUCUUUUCCUUCAAUUCAAUUCCACAAUAGAAAUCAUGUUUCUUAAAGGGAUUCAUAUAAAGUCUAGUUUAUAGCAAGAGGGGGGGUAUGCUGUAAGUUGUCUUUGACCCCCUCCUUGCCUGGCAAAAAGGUGCUGAUGCAUAAUAAUGAUAAAGCAAGAAGCAUACCCCAUUGGCAAAUAAGAUGGAAAACCCCCCCCCCUCCUCCUUCUAGGAGAGUGGAGAGUAAUUUUUCCUUUCAAUAUCAACACAAUAUUGAGCAGAUGGCUGAUGAGAAUUUAAAAAAUCAGCUAGUAGAAAUUAUUUGAUACAAGAACAAGUUCUCAGAACUAACUUUAUAAGAAAUGUACAGCAGACAGUUAAGGAAAUUAUGAUAGAGGCUGUGGGAGUGAAAGGACCUACAGCUGAUGGGUUGUUUUUUCUUAAUAGCUUCAUAAUCCCAAACAUGGUGUUUUCCUUUAUAGGCUCUGGAUGGAUUUAUUGCUGUGAUAACACAAGAAGGGCAGUUGUUUUACGUGUCUGAGAAUGUUAGGGACUUUUUGGGUUAUUCACAGGUGACCAGACUUGUAUUUUGUGUUAUCUCUGUUUAGCUUAUUGCAUUGAACGCUUCAAAUUUCUUCUUGCUAGGCCUUGAUAAAGAGUAUUGUAAUGUGAUUUUGUUUGCUGACUGUAUAGUUCUAGCUAGAGGCCAAAGUAGAAAAAAUGGUUUUUCGGUGAGACUUAGUUUGUUGAUCAUAUGUCCAAAUUGCUCUUCCAAUGCUUUCAUUGGCUAACAGGUCCUUUGAUGUUAAUUGCAACUUUUAACCAUGUACUCUGCAUCACAGCUCCAGCAUGUAAUAAGUAUCCUUUAAUCACGCAGAGCUUCUCAGCGUAUUGUAAUGUAAUGCUUCAGGUGCUUUAUUUUGUUUGUUUCUGAAGAACUUCACCUUUUGAUUGGAAGCUUACAUGUACUAGUGACCCAUCUAAUACCCUUACUCUACAUUUUAUUGACUGCAUGGUAAUUUUGUUGCAGGCUGCUGUUAUUCACCAAAGCAUGUUCAAAUUUCUACACAUUGAUGAUCAGGAUAUGGUGAAAAGUAAUCUAGCUUGGCCAAAGCCAAAUGGGAAAAAGACAAAAACAGUAAGUACAUGUGAAGUUAACUACAGGAUGUGUCUCUUGUGAAAGGGUCAGCCUAUAUAUAUGAUUCUGUUUUCAAGUUCUAUCUUCUCAAUGACCUGCAGCUCAGACAAUGGUUACAUAAAGCUUGGGAACAGUUUAGGCUUGAAGGCAAUUUGUACUACAUUUGAUUUCUUUGGAGUCAGUGAUGUUGAGUAUUAGAAAUGUGGCCUACUAUACCUAAACUCCAUAAUUACUUUCUGUUCAUGAACAGUUCAUCGUCAUUUUUACUGGUGAGGUCCUCAUUCCCAGUAAUCAUGAUGUAAUUAAUCAGCUUUUGAUUCAUCAUUACUGAUAUUGUGGGACCAGGACAUUUUAAGUAUAGGUGUUUGUACCUACUGGAAUUCAUAAGCAUCAGUUUUUAUUCCAUUUUUACUAACCUUGUAGAGUUAGGUGUUGAUUGAGAAUGUUUUACUAUUGCAGCAAGCAGAUGAAAAAGAUGGAGGAAAAUUAAGUCUGGGUAGCGUUAAAACAGGUAUUUUUCAUAAAGAUUGAGGAGUUUUUAUCAGAUGUUAUUGAAGAUAUAGUUAGACACUAGAAGAACACAUGUAUAUGAUGUUUUGUUUCCUCCAUUCUUGUGAAGGUUCUGAUGAGAAUGACAGUUUGAACCGCUCAUUUACCUGCCGGAUGAAGUGUACUUUGAAUCAUGGUGGUGGAUUUUACAAGGUAACUAUCUUAUUGGUCAUAAAUGCUAGCUAAAGAAGAAUUUGUACAAAAGGAAAGAGGAUCUGGCAACAAGCAAACUUGUACUCUUCACUACUCAGAGGCUCUGUCAUCCCUUGAUCUGAGGAAUUGAAAUCUCUGUAGGAUUAUCACCUUUGUGGUCUCAUCUGUGUAUCUCCUUGUAUUUAAGUUUGGUUUUGGAUAAUGAAACUCUGAUUGGUGGCAAUAAAGAGGGUGGCAAAGGGUUUUUGUGUGAUGCGUGAUGGCCCCAAAAUUUGUAGGGUGUCACGUGAUUGAACCCAGAUUAGUGACAGUGACGUGGGACUGGAUAUCACAACAUGAUGCGUGAUUUGCUAUUUUACAAGCACAUGACAUGUGAUACAUACUAAUUAGAUUUUGGAGAUAAGUGAAUGCUCUUUGACAUGGAAGGAUACCGAUCAUUUAUAGUAAAUAGAGUCUUAACAGAGAUCAAUAUCCUGUGGCAGCAGUGACUCUGUUUUAUGGUCUCUUUCAACCUUUACUUGACCUUUGAUCUACGUGUUAGGUCCAAACAAUCGUAACACAAUAGGCAUAAGUUAGUAUAGUUAACGGUUCUUCAAGGACUCUGACCUUCAGUACUAUUUUUGUCAACCGCUUGGUUGUGGUAGUGUAUCAGAUUGUCCAGAAAGACCAGAAAGUAUCCAAAUCCAUCGAAUGAAAGAUCUGAAAGAAUAUUGACACAAACAACCCAAACGGCUGAAAUGGUAAUAUACGUUAGAGUUUUGGUGUCAUUUUAUGCCAUGCAAGAAGAAGGUAAUGUAAGCAAUGAGCCAGUACACAAGGAAAAAUUUUGUGUACUAGUUAGUGGUACACAAAAUUUUUCCAAGGUCAUUAUAGAGACCUAAACAAAUUCAAAUGUCUCAUUAUAUCCUUUACUGAAAUAAAGAAAGUGCAGUACAUAAGGAGAUUGGGCAAAACUUAGACAUAAAUAUUGCCCAAGUAUCAAAGAAUAGUAAAUGUGGGGUAGACAUCUACUCAAUUGAAUGCAAAUUGAAAGAUAGCCAAAUUAGCAAAGUUCAUACUAGUUCUUAAACACCAAACUUUAAUGAUUAUGAUGCCAUGAUGAACACCUCAGAUGUUGAAUUGAAAAAUAAAAAAUCUUUGUGAACAGAACUUCAAAGAUGAGGCAAACAAUCAGCUAUUGGAUGAAAAGGAUAUUCAACAAAGCAACUUGAAUAAGCUUAACUCUUGUGCUAAAUAUUCUAAUUCUUUAACUUGUUUUUACUGUGUUUGAUACUUGUAUGUACAAUUAUGUAAGCCUGAGUAAACACUCUUGGAAUGUCUAGUUUCAACAAGUAAGUCAUCUUUAUUUGUCUAACGAAAAGCAAUAUGCAAAAUGCUGUACUACAAUGGCAAAUAAAGAAAUGCGCUCUUCCUUAAGUCACAUAUUUUCUUGCAAAGCCUUUUUUUUCUGAUUCAACUAGCCAAUUGAAACAGAUGCACUAAAUCAAAGCCUAAAAUCUUAUCUUUUUUUCUACCAGCACUGUCCUUAAAUUUACUUUGUGGUGUUCAUAGAAAGUAAUUAAGGUACCGGUUUGUAAAGUAAUCAAGUAAUUAUAAGUGGGCAAGUAAGCAUUAUUAGUGAAGUGCGAGUUUUGUAUUGUUAUGUAUUUUAAGUCAUGUUCUGUUUAGUACUGUAAUGUAAGUAACAUUACGCUGUAAGUGACUGUUAGUAAGUGACUGUUUGUAUAAGUAAGAAAUAAGUACUGGUAACUAAUCCAUUUAGUACAGUAAUGUAAUAAGUAGAGUGAUGUCGAGUAAUGUAAGUAGAGUAAUUUGUAAUGCAAGUUUAGUUCUGUACAAAUGUUUCUUCAAUAAAUGUUUAUUAAAUUAAAAAAUAUAUAUAUGACAAGUGAAACACAAUUCAUUCCAGGACAAAAAACGUUGUAUGCAAUCUAAUUUUUAAUAAUACAACUGAUAUGUUGAUAUAUUGCAGUACUUACGUCUUUUUACAGGACAUGUGAUUGGUUAAAAAAAUUUUUUGUGAUGUGUGAUUUAAUACAAAAAUUCAUUGUGAAGUGCAAUUGGAACCCCCCUUUGCCACCCUCAAUAAAAAUCUUGAUUGGGGUUUGAAAAGUGCAAUAACAUGGUUGGUUUUUAAUGGCACGUUGUUGACACCAAUAGUCCAUGUUGAUAAUGGAAUUUUUUACACAGACAUUAAUGGAUGUAUUGUUUGAUUUUUUUUCCUCACAGCCUUUCAGUUUUCUUAGUGUACUGCUUGUUUAAAGUCCCUGUUAUUUCAAGUGUGUUAAAGCAAUGUUGUAAAGGAUCUGGAGUACAUGCUCUGAUCCCAUUCAUUAACUCCUGAUGUGAGAACUUUUAUUGCCCUUUAUCUUCCAAGUAUGCCUGUCACUCACUGAGCACAUUGUCUUUCAGCUUUUCAGAUUAUCAGGCAGAUUGAGGGAAAUCCACACUCGUAAACGAGACAGUCAGGUGGUGGAGUAUGGCCUUUUUGCUAUCUGCUCACCAGCAAACAAUCCAAAUUCUCAUCAUGCAGGUGUGAAUAUUAAGAAAGAGGUUGCCUUGACUGCUCAGAAGAGAUUGGAAAGAUCUAACAGUGACCCAGUUUGUGUAAGGUAUGAAGCCUGGUGUUGAGCUGUGUUUUGUCGCGGGCAGACUUUUGUGUUCAACCAAAAUGCUGGAGAAUAGUCGCAGUGAACACACUAAACACUCAGAGAAUUUCUUCUUUUAAUUCUGAAAGUCACUGGCUAAGGGAAAUCGAUAUGUUUCAAUUGGUAAUUAAGCUGUUGUACCUGAAAUUUGGACACAUCAAUUCCCCUUGCCCAUCGUAUAGAGUGAGCUGCUGAUACUACAUCUUUCCAUCAACCAAUACAAUUACCGCUUCCAAUUGUUGACCUCCUAUUCUUUUUGUCUUUUCUCCUUGUUUAUUUUUAGGAGAACUGGUCUUCCUUUGACUGGAAUGUUACAUUCCAUGCCCAUCAGCCGUCACUUUUCAAUGUCUGAAAAUCGUUCUGCGGCUGUCAGUCCACUGGCAUCACCUACAACUUCUACUGACUCUGGCCACCCUUCUCCAGACUCUAGCCAAGGAGGAAAGAUGUUACUGACAGAUUCAGAUGUACGUAGUGACGGCAGUGAGGUUUCUCCACCAUCAAGCAGCAACUCUCAAGAUGUUGAUGGAAGGCCAGCCUCAGAACGUCUCAUGUCUGGUAUAAACAACCCAUUUGUAAAUCCCCACAGGAUUGAUCGGAAACGAGCUGCUGCUUUUAUGGAUUCUAUGAUGGCUGAAGACAAAGAUCCCACAAGGAAACGUUCUCGCAGCUUGGCAGAUGCUGAAUUGUUCUUACGAGAUGGCAUAGACCACAGAUCUUUGUUCUUCAGAAAUAACCUGCCCACUGUUCCUGAAGUGAAAGUAGAAAAUGGUAAGAAGAAAGAGGAAUGUACCCAGUCUUCUGAUGUGCCUGGUAGGAGACUAUUAAACAACCAUGACAGUAGACUUGAUGCAGCUCAGGGUCUUGUGAAUCUUGGAAACAUGGCUUCCCAGUUUCCUGGACUUUGUGCUUUUCCGCCUGAAUUGAUGUAUCCUGAUGUCAUGUUUCCACGCGUUGAUAUGCUUCAUGAUCUGCAGCACUUAAGGAAUCCUUUUGACAUUCACAAUCCCUACUGUCUAGGAAGUGAUCCCUACACAGCUGCUUUGGCGAUGAGGCGAUGGCUCAAUAAUCCAGACAUGUUCCGUUCUCAGCUGAACCCAUUGUUGGCUGCCCAAUCAGGGCUUCUGAGCCCAGCUGAGAGGCUGCGCUUUCUUAAGUUUCCAUUUGGUUACCCCUCUCCAUUUUCCAAUCCAUCACCCUUUGAUUUUAGUGCGGCUGCUGCUGCUGCAGGGCUGACAGAAAGGAACCUGCCUGAGUAUGCCUUUAGGAGCCUCUACCAGAAUGGCCUGGUUCCUGAUAUGGCCAGGAGUAGUGCUUUAAAAGAAACAGAGCAGAAGCAGACUUCAUUCACAGAGAAACAGGCCAGAGAAGGGAGCUCCUCUCCACCAAGUAAAACACCUAGCAAAUCAGCAACCCCUGAUAAUUCCAAGAAGAGUGAAGUAGAAAAUGGAAAAGAGAAAAAAGAGGAAAGUGAUAUGGACGAAUUCUUUGAAGAGAAGAAAAAGUCAAUAAAGGAUAGAAAUGCUGCAGAAGAGGAUGAAGAUGAAGAUGAAAAAGUUGAUGUGGUGGGGGGAGUCAAGCCAACAUCAGUACUGCGACAGACAUUUGCAGGGAUUCAAGAGGAAUUCAAUAGUCGAUUGGAGAACUUGAACAAGUCAUUUGCUCGAUCUUUGGAUCAAAAUAUGACUUGCCCUUGA